AUGAGGUUCCUCGGCGUCCUUGUCGCAAUUUGCGUCCCUGUAUUAGCAAUAAGCUCCGAGUUAAUAGAUAGCACAACCGUCUACAUCCAACCACUUACAUCCAAAUCCGCACCUCUGUCCCUCGCCGAAAUCAAAUUCAACCCCUCCACCCUCUCCUCCGAGAUCCUCUCCUACGAAUCCCCUCUUUUCGAAGACGAAGAUCUCUCCUCCAAGCUCCUGCGUGUCGGAAUCUACGAUCCUGCCACCGCAACAUGGAAGUCCUCGACAUCGACUACGUCCGUGGAGACGUUUGCGAAGGGGUAUGCGCCAACGAUUGUCUUGAACUUGGAUGCGCAAGGUGGUGUCAUUGGGGUUAGCUGUAAGAGUAGCAGUGUCGAUGCGGGACAGACGAGGGAUUUUGGACCGAAGGUUAAGGUGGUCAAGAUGAGGGAGGGAGCGAAGCCGUUUUUGAAUCGGCCGGUGGUGUUGAAUCCCGAGGGGAAGGUCGAGGAGAUACCGACGGAGAAGACUCUUUUGCAGAAGUAUUGGUGGGUGAUUGCUGGUGGUAUUAUCAUCAUGCUCACGACCGGUGGUGGGGAAUAA